GUUUUAUCACAUCUCAGUAAAGUACCUGUCAUAAUCCACUUCAGCAUUACAUUCUGAGAAGACACUAAUGUAGUGCUUUAGUAGUAGGGGAAAAAAGCAAAAAAUACAUGAAAUUUUAUUUUUUCCCAGGUGGCGGCCCUCCACCCCCUCCCCUUGACCCCAUUGAUGAACUUGUCGGGGACGUCUUGGGGCAAGACAGCAAGGUCAUCACGGGAUUUGAGGAGAUUGAUGACCUUGGACAUCAAAGGACUGUCGACAUUGAAGACGCAGCAGAGCCAGCGAGCCAGCUCUUCGUAGGUCAGGGAGGUGUUGAGGCACCAACAGUAAUAAUUGUGCCUGAGCCCACCCUGCAGCCACAGACUGAGGAGGGGGGUGCCCGGGGGAAGGUGCCAGCUGAGGGGGAUGCAGCAGCUGCUCAAGCAAAGGUGGCAGCUGCUGAGGAGGAGGCUGUAGCUUCAAGAGCUACAGCAGCAGCUGCACAGGCUGGGGAGGAGGCUGCACGGGCCAUGAAGGCAGCCGCAGAGGAGGUGGCUGCUUGUGCCCGGGCCUUCGCAGGAGCUGCAAGGGUGCAGGAGGCAGCUGCGAGGGCGCAGGAGGCAGCUGUAAGGGCACAGGAGGCAGCUGCCAAAGAAAAAGCAGAAGCCAUGCGGCUUAAACAAAUUUUGCUCAAGUUGUGCCACGGCAAGAUCUGCUUCUUCAGCGUUAGGUUGAGCUGCAUCGAGAGGAAUGGGAAUAUUCCUGUCCUUGCAGAUGUUGUGGAGCAUGCCGCAUACAUGAAUCAGCUUGCACACCUUCACCGGGGGAGUUACUCGGACCUCGCUGUGUAG